AUGGAUAAUCGUGGCAGACAAGCGCCUGGAAACAAAACUCCUGCAGAACAGAUACAAGAGAAAAUGAAAGAAAGCAAUAAAGUGCCAGUAAAAUUAAACAUUUAUAAGAAAGUAUUUGGUACAGAAUACAAUUUAGCGUUCUAUCACCCCAAGAAGGAUCAAUGUAGCAUUUCUAACAAUUACAAAAAAGAUAAAACUAAUAUAAAUAUUCAAAAUGAGUAUACUCAACAUAUAUAG